GUAUCGUUCUUUUGUGGUUGCGGUAGUUCAUUAAGGAAGUGAGUGAUUUUCAGGAUUGGUAAAGAUGUCAAUUUAUGAAAAGGACAAAGCUGAUAUCGCGGUAGUUGGACUCGCCGUAAUGGGACAAAAUUUGAUUCUUAACAUGCUUGAGAAGGGUUUCACGGUAUGCGUGUACAAUCGAACUGUAUCGAAAGUGGAUGAUUUCCUGGCGAAUGAGGGAAAGGGUCUUCGGGUUCUCGGAGUGCAUAGUUUGUCGGAAUUAGCCGAAGUUCUGAAGAAACCACGACGUAUACUAUUGAUGGUAAAAGCGGGACAAGCAGUGGAUGCAAUGAUUUCCAGCAUCUUACCUUUUUUGGACAAGAAUGACAUAAUUAUUGAUGGCGGAAAUAGUGAAUAUACAGAUACAGCUCGACGUUGCACCGAACUCAAAGAGAAGGGUAUUUGUUUCGUAGGUUGUGGUGUAAGUGGUGGUGAGGAAGGAGCACGUCAUGGUCCAUCAUUGAUGCCAGGUGGUUCACCCGAAGCCUGGCCAUAUAUAAAAGAUAUAUUUCAAGCAAUAGCAGCCAAAGUUGACAACGAACCUUGUUGCAAUUGGGUUGGUGAAAAUGGUGCUGGACAUUUCGUGAAAAUGGUUCAUAAUGGAAUCGAAUACGGUGAUAUGCAAUUGAUUGCUGAGGCUUAUAGUCUACUGAAAGACGGAGCCGAUUUGACACAUGAUGAAAUGGCAGAGGUAUUCUCGGAAUGGAACAAAGGCGCAUUGGAUUCAUAUCUAAUAGAAAUAACAAGUCAUAUUCUUAAGUUCAAAGAUGAAAAUAAGCAGACUUUAUUGCCAAAUAUUAGAGAUACAGCGGGGCAGAAAGGGACUGGCAAAUGGACGGGGAUCGUUGCUUUAAACUAUGGAAUACCACUUACGCUGAUUGGUGAAGCUGUAUUUGCCCGCUGCUUAUCGUCUUUGAAGGAUGAUCGAGUUGCGGCAGCCAAAGUUUUGCCCGGACCUAGUCCUGAUAAAGCUGGCAUUGUUGGUGACAGAAGGGCCUUUUGUGAGCACAUUAGGAAGGCUUUGUAUGCAUCGAAAAUCAUAAGCUAUGCACAAGGAUUCAUGCUUCUUGCUGAGGCAAACCGUGUCUUCAAAUGGAAUUUGAAUUUCGGAGCAAUUGCACUGAUGUGGCGUGGCGGGUGCAUUAUUCGUUCGCGUUUUUUGGGUGAAAUAAAGAAAGCUUACGAUACGAAUCCCAAACUCAGUAAUCUGUUAAUGGAUAGUUUCUUUUUAAAUGCUAUCAGGAAAUGCCAGGAAUCGUGGCGUAUUAUUAGUGCCGCUGGAAUUUUACUUGGUAUACCAACACCAGCCUUUUCAACUGCGCUUGCAUUUUAUGAUGGUUUCCGUUGCGAAAUAUUGCCAGCAAAUCUUAUUCAGGCCCAGCGUGACUAUUUCGGUGCUCAUAUGUACGAAUUGAUGGAUAAACCAGGUACAUUCUUACAUACAAAUUGGACUGGCACUGGUGGUAACGUUACUUCCACGGCAUAUAUUCAAUGAAACAAUCAUGAAAGAUAACGAUCAUGUCACCGACUUCGUACCUCAUUACUUUUUUCAUUUUAAAACAAGAGUUGACGAAGAUUCGUGGUGCUCUCACUGAUUUUAAGCUUCCAAAAAUGGGAUAAACCUUAACGAGAGGUGAAAGUGCAUUUUUCACCAAAAAAAUAACAUUUUUGGGCUUUGAUGGUGUUAGUGGUUGCAAGUUGUUUUAUCCAUGUUUUUAUUUUAUUCAUUCAUGGUUGUUUUAUUCAUGUGUGAUGUUUCUUACUGGUAUAUCUUACUAUAGUUCUUACUGAUUUUUUCAUGUCUGUUUGUCCCUCUGUCAUCUUGCCAUCACAUAUCAUUUUCUCAAAAUCGAAUAAAUAGAGCAUGAUCCGAAGCUUUGCUACUCAUAGAAUAAGAC